CCCGGCGGGGGCGGCAGCGGCGGGGCCGGUCCCUCCCGAGCGGAGCCGAGAGGAGCCGAGCGGGACCCUCCCGCCGCCCGUCCCGCUGUUGACAAGCGGCGGCGGGGGCAGCGCAGCGGCCGCGGUCAUCCUCAUGUGGCGGACGCUGGCUCUCGCCUCCGCCUUCUUCCCGGGGCUCUUCGUCCUCUGCAUCCGGUUGCUGCGCUGGGCCGCCCCGGGAUGGAGCCUCAAGGACCGCAUCCUCCUCAGCGGCAGGUUGGUGUCGACGGUCCAAGCCACGAUGGCCACAGUGUCAGGGAUCACGGUUGUCCGUAGCUGCAAGGAUGUGGUGUAUGACAGGCACUGGCUGGCCGUGGAGUACAUCUGGGUCCUUGUUCCCUACAUGACCUAUGACAUUUAUGUCAUGUACCUCUGCCACUGGCACAAGAGCCUGGACAGGGGAAUCGUGGAGAAGAAGCACUCGCUGGCCAGCGUGUGGAGCUUCCUGCUGCAGGAGCGGCUGAUGGUGACCCACCACCUCUUCAUCCUCAUCGUGCUCACCCCCAUCACACAGCACUUCAGGGGAGAGCUGGGGGACUUCUUCGUGGGCUGCAUCUUCAUGGCAGAGCUGAGCACACCUUUUGUAUCGCUGGGCAAAAUCCUGAUGCAGCUCAAAAUGCAGGACACGCUCCUGCACAAGGUGAACGGGAUCCUCAUCCUGGUGACCUUCUUCCUCUGCCGCAUUCUCCUCUUCCCCUUCAUGUACGCGGCCUACGCCCGGCAGGUGGGAAUCCCUGUUUACAUGGUGCCUUUCCGCAUCCCCCUGCACUGCAACAUCGCCAACGCCUCCCUCAUCGCCCCCCAGCUCUACUGGUUCAGGCUCAUCUGCCGCAAGGCCGCUCGCCUCUACGGCAGCUCGCCCGCCGACAAGAGCAGAUAACGGCCGGCGCAGGGCUGGAAAAGGGUCAGCUCCCCCCGGCUCUUCCACCUUCACUGCGGGGACCAGCGUGGGAGCAGAGCAGCAGGAGCAGUGAUCCCGCUGGGCUGUGUUAGCUGGAGCAGCCUCACACCAUCCUGUGCCAGGCAGCACCAGCCUGGGAAGGCUUUCCUCCCACACUGCUCCAGUGCCUUGUGUCCUCCCACCCGUGGGAGCCGGGGUAGGAGCCAGCCUGUAAGCACGACAUUCCUGCUGGGAUUCAACGCCGUGGCUCUGAACGGUCACACGAGAGGGGUUUGUUACAACCCCCCCCGCCGCGUCCUUCGGGGCUGACACCAGACACCGCGGCAGCGAGCGGCGUGCGAGGGAGUCCGCAGCGCUGAAGGCAGCAGUGGAGCUGUUGCUGGAGCGUGCCCAGCCUCAUGCAGCAGCGCUGGGGACACGGGAGCCAUGUACUGGACCUGCUGCAGCCCCAACUCGCUGCUC